AUUCCACCUUGUCAAUUGCUAAUCCUAAUGUGAAAAAUGUACUUUUUAGAAUUUUUGGGGUCAGCCAAAAUUUCACGAAAAAUCAACGCCAAAAAUCCCCGAAAUCAAAAUCAAAAUCAAAUUACGAGAGGAUUGGCUUCUCCUUCCUCCCGCAGUCCCGCCCGCCUUCCACUUUCUCUCUCCUUUCCGUAUCUCCGACCCCAUUUUUGAAACCUUUAAUUUCCCAGAUCUCAAUUCUCCUCGAUUUCAUCCUAAUCUUGAGAGAUCUGGUGAAUUUUCGAUCAAUUACAAAUAUUCCCAAAAAAAGAUGAUUACGAUUCCAUAUUUGACUGCAUUAACAACCUACUUCAGCUAUGGGUUAUUAUUCGCUUAUGGAAAAAUUCGUGAUUUUUCCCGUAGUAUAAUCGAUAGGUUGUUUCCUAGCAGUGUUAAGGGUUCUGCGCCGAUGAGUUUGGUUAAUGACGAUUUCUAUAUUCGUCGUCUUUAUAAUCGCAUUCAGGACUGCUUUGGACGUCCAAUUUCAAGUGCUCCGGAUGCUUGGUUCGAUGUGGUGGUGCGUUAUUCCAAUGAUAAUAACAAGACUUUAAAACGAACUGACAAAGUUAAGCGUUGUCUUAACUUGGGGUCGUACAAUUACCUUGGAUUUGCUGCAGCAGAUGAGUAUUGCACGCCUCGUGCGAUUGAAUCACUACAGAGGUUUUCUGCCAGCACCUGUAGCCCUUGUGUUGAUGGAGGCACUACUACACUGCACAGUGAACUAGAGGAGUGUGUGGCUAAAUUUGUUGGAAAACCGGCCGCUUUAGUGACUGGAAUGGGAUAUGCUACAAAUUCUGCUAUUAUCCCUGUCCUGAUUGGGAAGGGUGGGUUGAUUAUUAGUGAUUCUUUGAAUCACUGCUCCAUUAUUAACGGCGCUCGUGGAUCAGGGGCAACUGUUUGCGUUUUCCAACACAACACUCCAUCUGAGUUGGAGAAAGUUUUGAGAGAACAAAUUGCCGGGGGUCAACCCAGGACACACAGACCAUGGAAGAAAAUCAUUGUUCUUGUGGAGGGCAUAUACAGUAUGGAAGGAGAGCUCUGCAAACUUCCCGAGAUAGUUGCUAUAUGCAAAAAAUACAAGGCAUAUAUUUAUCUGGACGAGGCACACAGCAUUGGAGCUGUAGGGAAAACCGGUAGAGGUGUCUGUGAGCUCUUAGACGUUGAUACAGCUGAUGUCGAUGUCAUGAUGGGAACUUUCACAAAAUCAUUUGGAUCAUGUGGUGGUUAUAUUGCUGGCUCAAAGGAGCUUAUUCAAUAUCUCAAGUACGCAUGUCCCGCUCAUCUUUAUGGGACAUCAAUUUCGCCACCAGCUGCACAACAAAUUGUGUGUGCAAUUAAGGUUCUUCUUGGAGAGGACGGUUCCAAUAGAGGUGCUCAAAAGCUGGCCAGAAUACGUGAAAACAGUAAUUUCUUCCGGUCAGAACUACAGAAGAUGGGUUUUGAGGUCCUCGGGGAUAAUGAUUCCCCGGUGAUGCCCAUAAUGCUUUACAAUCCGUCUAAAAUUCCUGCAUUUUCUAGGCAAUGCCUCAAGCAAAAUGUGGCUGUUGUUGUGGUUGGAUUUCCAGCAACACCACUAUUGUUGGCAAGGGCACGUAUAUGCAUUUCUGCUUCUCAUUCAAGGGAGGACCUUAUUAGGGCUCUUAAGGUUAUCAGCAAUGUUGGGGAUCUGGUUGGAAUAAAAUACUUCCCUGCUGAGCAGAAGGAGCAUCAAGAGGAUGGUGCAUUGGAGCAGGACUAAGAAUAUCCCAAUUUUGUUGUAGUAGUAUAAAAGGUCGGGGGGAGUUUAGGCUGGAAGUUAAUGUGCAAAAUAUUACGUAGUAGUAGUAGUAAUUUUUUAGUGUCUCCAAAGGAGUUUGUUAUGUGAUCUACAUGUUCUGAAAGUUAGGCUUGAUUUGUAUUCUUAUUCUUCUUCCUCUUUUUUUUUUGUAUGCCUGUAAUGUUGGAGGCUUCUUCUGUAAAUAUAGAAUUCUGUCGUCUGUCUCGAAAUUACUUGGGUUACUAUUCUUCCGAUCUUGUUUUUCCUUGGGAAAUGCCGUUCGGCCCCUUUCUUCUGAUA